CGCGGCGCCGUCAGCUGGGCUGCCGAGGAGGCAGCAUCAUGGCGGCGUCCACUCUGAGCGUGCAGCGCGCCUUACAGAGAGCGAUGGUCCCGUCUUUGGUGGUGAUUUUAGGAGCUACCGGCACCGGCAAGUCCAAACUGGCGAUCGAGCUCGGAAAACGGCUUCAGGGCGAAAUAAUCAGCGCCGAUUCCAUGCAGGUGUACCAGGGUCUGGACAUCAUUACCAACAAGGUGACAGCUGAGGAGCGCGCCCAGUGCAGACAUCACAUGAUCAGCUUUGUGGACCCGUUAGUGAGCGGCUACACGGUGGUGGACUUCAGGAACAAAGCCCUGGCGCUGAUCGACGACAUGUACAGCAGAAACAAGCUGCCAAUCGUCGUUGGAGGAACCAACUACUACAUUGAGUCUCUGCUGUGGAGAGUCCUGCUGGAUACAGGGCAGGAGAACGAGGAGUCGGGGGACGGAGGAGAUGAGGCUCCACACAGGAAGAUGGAGCUGGAGAAACUGGGAGGAGCCGAGUUACAUAAGCGACUGGCGAAGGUGGACCCCAAAAUGGCUGCCAUGUUGCACCCCAACGACAAGCGCAAGAUAGCCAGGAGUCUUCAAAUCCACGAGGAGACGGGGAUCCCUCAUAGCCGCUGGCUGGAGGAGCAGAGGGAACAGGAGGGAGGCGAUGGGCUGGGAGGGCCGCUAAGAUACCCAGACCCCUGCAUCUUCUGGCUGCAUGCUGACAUGGAGGCUCUGGACAAACGGUUGGAUGAUCGUGUAGAUGAGAUGUUGUCUGCGGGACUGAUAGAGGAGCUCAGAGACUUCCAUAUCCGAUACAAUCAGCAGAAAGUCAAGGAGGACAGUCAGGACUAUCAACAUGGGAUUUUCCAGUCGAUCGGUUUUAAGGAGUUUCAUGACUACCUGACUGCCCCUGAAAGCAGUACCCAGCAGGAGAAAGACACACUACGAGACAAAGGUAUAGAAGCUUUGAAGAUCGCUACGAGGCGUUACGCCCGCAAACAGAAUAAAUGGGUCCGAAACCGCUUCCUUAAACGACCAGGAGACAACGUCCCAUCGGUGUUUGGCCUGGAUGUGACAGACGUGUCGAGGUGGGAGGAGACGGUGCUGAACCCUGCACUGCAGAUACUGGACAGCCUCAGGAAGGGUGAGGAGCCAGCUAUUGCACCAAUCAGAGUUCAGGGGGCGGAGCUGAGAAACAAACGGAGCUACCACACCUGUGACCUGUGCGAUAAAGUCAUAAUAGGCGACCUGGAGUGGACAGCUCACCUGAAAUCCAAGAAGCAUCACUAUCAUGUGAGGAAAAAGAGGAAGCCUGAUCCAGCGGGUGACCAGUCCCUGAUCACCAGUGCACCUCCUGUGUCUGCAGCAGAGACUCCCUCAGAGGACUGUGGUGCUGCUGUUGCUCCGGGCUGCAGUGAAACCUCUCCGGAUUCUUCCAGAGACACCAGGACAACAAACAAGGAAGUACCUGUGGCAUUUUAAAAGCUGACUCUGGACCUCAUCCAUUUUCAUUCAGGUUUCCACCACUGUAGUGCACUAACAAAUGGACGUUUAAUUACAGUCCUCUCUUUCCUCCCAUGCAGCCGAAUGGAAGUAAUGACUCUGAACUGUGUUCAUUGUGGAUUCGAACAAAAAACGCUUUUGAAAUCCUGCAUAAAAUACUCUGAUCCAUGGAUGUUCAGGGGCACAAGCAAAGGUCCUUGAAGCCGUUCGUUUUUGUCGUGGCGAUGUGAACUCUAAGGAUAAAUUAGAGCUUUAAUGGUCUGUGCAGCCAAAGAAUUAUGCAUUUUAAUGGUUUUUUUUCUAAAUUUCAUUUACAUUUUAAGAGGUUUAUUUUUCUAUUUCUAUAGAUUGUGCCUUAACUUUUAGAACCCAAAGCAGUUUCUAGAUGCUAUUUUUCUCCUGCCGCAUUUCUACUUACUGUGGGCUCAUUUUUCACUGCAAUGUAAAGAAAGCACACAGCUAUAGCUAGAAGUAGACAGAACUCAGAAAUGUCUUUUUUGCAGUAUGACAUAGUUCUAAUACCAUAAAUGGCUAAAAAAGAAAUAAAAAUGAAAGAAUUUCUUUGAUUACUAUAUAUAUUUUACAAAAAUUGAGUAUAAAUGUAUUUUUUUCCAAGGUCCCACAUACAGUAAAAACAUGUUACAUACUAUAGAUAUUUUCCUACCUUCAUUUUAAAUUUGUUUCCAUGCUUGACACCUGUCUGACACAGCCUGCAGUUCAGCCUAAAAUAACUUUUGUCAUGUGACUGUUGGUUGUCGCUAAUGACUUCUUGGUUAAGGAGCACAGAAUUUAUAGUUUUUUAUAAAAUUGAGUGCAAGUGGUUUAUUUUGGAUUAUUUUUCAAUGAAAGCAAUUUUGAUGAAAUAUUAUUUUAAGCUUAGAUUCGGGUUGGUUUUCUGAUGGAGCACAACAUCACAUCAAAAAGCUGUAAAUCAGACGAGUCUUCCUGUUUUUGUAGUUUCUGUCUCUAUUAUUACCAAACCUGCUGGCGGGUUUUGAGGUUCAGAAGUUAAAUAAAAUGUUGAUGAGUCAUAUCGACUGAAAACCUU